UUUCCCUCCUUUCCUCUCGCUUUUCCUCUCUUUGCGCACAAGUCGCUCUAUCGGCCCUUCAUCCUAUCUGCGCAUCCCCAUCCCGGCCAUUUCUACUCAUGCUUGGCUCCAACCGGCCUUGAUACCUGGCCCGGACGGUAGUACCCAGGUUUCCCUCCCUUCGCUCUCUUUACUUUUUGCCUCCCACUCUUUCCAGGGAAUACCUAUGACUGUUGGACCUACUCCAACUGUUUACAAUGGAUGUAUUAUGUAGGAUGCAUGAAUGUAUGUAUGUACGUAUGAAUGGAUAUCCGUGUUCUGGGCUUCGGGGUUUAUUUUUAUAGCACCUUGCUCCCCUUGCUCGUCCAGGCGGCGGCGUGUUUGACCCGUUGGGUGAUCUACGUCGGGACGCUGGAUUUUAGUGGAUUUACUUUCGUACUAGUAAAAGAUCUUUCCCUCGGAUGUUAGUCGCUGGCCUUUGGGGGGAGGGAGGGGGGAAGAGAAAAAAGGAAU